ACCUCCAUCCAUCCAUCCAUCCAUCGGGAGAAAGAUGGCGGCCGCCAAUAAGAUUGUGCUGCCCCUAGUGUCCCUCGUCUUAGUCGUCGGGAUCGUCUGCGGCGCCGUUCUUGUCUUCCACAGGAACGGCUCCCACGACGAUUCCUCCUCCUCCUCCUCCUCUAACUCGGGAGAUAUUGCCUCGGGCUCUAUGAGGUCCGUGACAACUUUCUGCCAGUACGCGGAAUACAAGGAUUCCUGCGCCAAGAGCCUCUCCGCCGUGGCCAACAACCAGUCCGCCACCACCAAGGACUUCAUCCUUGCCAUCCUCCAGUCCACCAUCGACGAGGCCACCAAGUCCCACCAGGUCGCCCUCAACACCAAGGUCGACCAGGGCGUGGACCCCUACGACCACGUCGCCGUGGAGGACUGCAAGGAAAUGCUCCAGGACGCCGUGGCUGACCUCCAGGCCUCCUUCUCCAUGGUCGGCGACAGCGAGCUCCACACCCUCGGCGACCGGGCCGACGAGCUGCUCAACUGGCUGUCUGCGGUCUACGCCUACCAGACCACCUGCAUCGAGCAGCUCGAGAAGCCGGAGUACAAGUCCGCCAUCGAGAACGGGUUGGUCAACGCCACCCAGCUCACCAACAACGCCAUCAACAUCAUCGCCGAGAUGUCCAAGGUCCUCGAGGCGUUCAACGUCACCGCCGCCGCAGCCGACAUGCUGAAGACCAAGGCCACCGACCUCACCUCCCGCCACCUCCUCGAAUCCACAGAAGAGGGCCACGCCAGCGGAGACUACCCGACGUGGUUCCCUUCCGCCUACAGGAGGCUUCUGGCGGCGCAGAAGGCAGGACAGGUCACCCCUCAUGCGGUGGUGGCCAAGGACGGGAGCGGCAAGUUCAAGACGGUGUCCGCGGCCCUGAGCGCGUACCCGCCGAAGCACCAGGGCAAGUACAUCAUCCACGUCAAGGCGGGGGUGUACGACGAGACGGUGCUGGUGGACAAGAAGAUGGUGAACGUGUUCAUGUACGGGGACGGGGCCGGGAAGACGAUCAUAACGGGGAAGAAGAACUUCGCCAAGGACAAGAUCACCACCUCGAAGACGGCGACCUUCACGGCCCAGGGGAGCGGGUUCGUGGCGCGCGGGAUCACCUUCCGGAACACGGCGGGAGCGGAGGGGCACCAGGCGGUGGCGCUGAGGAGCCAGUCUGACAUGUCGGCGUUCUUCGACUGCUCCAUCGAGGGGUACCAAGACACGCUGUACUACCACACCUACCGCCAGUUCUACCGGAACUGCGUCAUCUCCGGGACCAUAGACUUCAUCUUCGGGAAGGGGACGGCCCUGAUCCAGAACAGCCUCAUCAUCGCAAGGAGGCCGCUGGCGAACCAGUUCAACACCAUCACGGCGGACGGGAAGGAGCUGGCGAAGGCGAAGGGGGGGCUGGUGCUGCAGAACUGCAGGAUCGUGGCGGAGGCGGCGCUGUUCCAGGCGAGGUUCCAGCUGAAGACGUACCUGGGGAGGCCGUGGAAGGCGUUCUCGACGACGGUGGUGAUGGAGAGCGAGGUGGGGGACGUGGUGAGCCCCGACGGGUGGAAGAUUUGGGACGGGGAGAAGUUCGAGAACACGUGCGUGUACUACGAGCACGGGAACUUCGGGCCCGGGGCGGACACGAGGAGGAGGAACAGGGCGUUCAAGAAGUGGCAGGUGGUUGAUCGGAGGAUGGCCGGACAGUUCACCGCCGGUCCUUGGCUCGAUGGACACUCCUGGUUGCGCUCCACCGGGGUGCCUUUCGCCCUCAGCUUCACCCGAUAGAUCGAUGCAUGCAUCGCAUAUAUUAUGGGACCAUAUAUAUUACGGAGUAUCAAGUAAUCCCACUAUAUAUUAAGAAGAACAAAAAGGAGAGGAACUGAUGAAUAUACUAAUUAAUUGUUUUUAAUUAUAUUACAAAAAGAGAGAGAGAGAGAACAAAGAAAUGCAAAUAUUUCAUUUAAUUGGUGCAUGAAAUUCAAGAUUAUUGUUUGCUUGCGUUCAUUACAAAUAUUUCCUAUUGAUUUCAUACUCGUAAAAAAAAUAAUACUAGCACAUUUAA